UUCAGUGUGGCAGGCCCAAAACUGUGGAAUGCCCUGACACUCGUGAUGCGCCAAAGCACUUAUCUACUUUUAAAUCACAGUUAAAAAAACAUCCAUCUAGUUCAGCUUUCCUUUCCGCCUCCUGAUUUCAACUUGCACUGCCACGUUUAUUUUCCCUGCUUUUACUUGUUAUCCUCCCUACAUCUGGUUUACACUUUAUGCCGUAUGUAUUGUGUGUUUCUAUGUAUGUUUUUCCCUUUGUACCUUGCAUCCAUAUUCCAUAUCCAUCCAUAGGUCAAUCUCCGUCCUGUACGCUUGCUCUGAAUGUCCCUGUCUGAGUGUAUUAUGUCUAUAGUGUCAGUGUUUGAUUGCUUUGUAUUGACUUUAUGUACCUUAUUUGUACAGUGCCCUUGGGUACCUUGAAAGGCACUUUUUAAAAUAAAAUGUAUUAUUGUAUGUAUUAUAAGGCCAAGCUAUAAGAUUUAUAAAUAUAAUUGUAUUUUCUAAAACUUGACUACUUGAAUUGUAAACAAUUUUUACAGCAUGUGUAGUGAAUCUCAUUUAAUGCAGAGUAACCGGUAGCUUAGCAUCCUACAUUUCUCUGGUAGACCGCUUCAGUGUACUGAAGCUCAAUGUAAUGUAGAGUAACCUAACCUGUAGCUUAGCCUUGGCUCACUACACUUUCAAGGUAACUUUCCCAACGCUGAUAACACACUGCAAUAUACAUUAACGUGAUGCUUUACUGUAACAAACUUAGCUAUUAGUACAGUACGGUCCAGCACACCACGGACACGUUGAAUCUCAACGUUUCCCAACCAAAAAUACGUAGAAACGAUUUUAUGUCAGUUAUAUGUCAUUUAUUUUUGGUACAGAAACUAUGAGAUUUGAGGUUUGCAGAAACAUACAGAUUUUGGGUUUUGCAACUGGGUUGGUUUUGCAUAUGUGUUCAGCAACAAUUGCAGCCUACUGUACCUAAUGAGUGCCCUUUAUCACACAAGUAUUUAUCUUGUUUAUUCGGGGCUUGCACGGUCAUACUCAUCUUUAAUCCUAAUCCCCUUGCAACUUGUUGUUUUGAUUAAGUGCUCACAGGGGAUUGUCGUCCAAGACACUCGCCUGUAUAGUAGACGUCUGCAUGCCCAGAUCAGAGACAGACACAGAGAGCUGUUGUGUGUUUUAAAUACUUGUAAACAAAGGGAGUACCGGUUAAGAGACCAUAAAGCAAUGGGUAUAUUUGUGCCAGAAGCAGUUGUGUUAUUAGUGGUGGAAAUGAUGCAAAGGACAACGGCAAACUUAGUAGGAUGUGGAGGAGCUGCUGGGAACCAACACUUUAACUAGAUACCACCACAGGUCAUGGGGUGUGGGAUGGGAAAGGCAGAAGCAUCUCUGGGAAAGAAGAGGGAAAGAGAUCAUAUCUCCGUUCCAGGUGAAUACAUGUUUAAUGGUAUUGAUCCAUUUAAAUAUCCUGCACAUUUUUCACAUUUCUAUGAAUGGUACAUUGAUCUAUUAACUUAAACCCCAUGCUAUCGGUGAAGCUGCGACCGGUGAGUCUUUUGAUAAAUUAUUAUUGUUUUCUUUUGUUUGCAUGUUUCUCCUCCGCUCAUCCAUCAAUCCUUUACCCUCCUCUCCAGCCAUGAGGGCAGCACUUCUGAUCCAGCGCUGGUACCGCCAGUACGUAGCCCGGCUGGAGAUGAGACGCAGGUGCACCUGGAACAUCUUCCAAUCCAUCGAGUACGCAGGAGAACAGGAUCAGAUCAAGCUCUACAAUUUCUUCGGCUACCUGAUGGAACACUUCACUCCAGCCAGUAGUGAGAGAAGUCUCAUCUCUCAUAUAUUCCGCGAGAACGACAUGGUCCAUGACACGGAAUGGGAAAGGUACUUCUGCUACAAGAGCAUCGAGGUAUCCCACGGUUACCACGGGCCCCACCUCACCUUCCCCAUGACCUUCUGUGAGGCGUCCAAACUGGUGGAGGCCUUCAAGCACAAGCAGCUGCUUCAUUCCCGGUACGUCCUGCAGCUUCUCGGAGAGGCUUGGAAGCUCCUGAGAAUCCUACCCAACAUUAAUCGCGUCUCCACCUGCCACUCAAAGGAGAUCACUAUAUGUGGUGACUUGCACGGGCAAUUAGAAGAUCUGUUAUUAGUAUUUUAUAAGAACGGCCUGCCUUCCUCGGAGAAGCCCUAUGUUUUCAACGGAGACUUUGUGGACCGUGGCAAGAGUUCCAUGGAGAUCCUCCUCAUUCUGUUUGCCUUCCUGCUGGUGUACCCCAACGGGGUCCACCUCAACAGGGGGAACCACGAGGACCACAUUGUUAACCUGAGAUAUGGAUUCACCAAAGAAGUGCUUGGAAAAUAUAGGGUUCACGGCAAAAAGAUCUUGAAGCUUCUGCAGAAGAUGUUCAGCUGGCUGCCCCUGGCCACGGUGAUCGAUGGCAAGGUGCUGGUGGUCCACGGGGGGAUUUCUGAUACCACGGACCUCAACGUCAUCGCCAGGAUGGAAAGACACAAGUACGUGUCCGCGCUUCGGCCGCCCAAGAGUAGUCGCCGGUCGGCCGGCGGCAACAGGAGAGCUCCCCGCUGCACCGAGGGAGGCGAGGAGAGGAACCACCACGGGACGGGGGCCCGGGCCCCGGCCCCGGGCCCCGGCUCCAGGCACGCCGCCCAACGGCGCUCCCUCCACUCCGGCUCGGCGGUGGAGGAGGAGCUGAGGCAGAGGCGGCAGCAGGCCGGCCUCAGCCAGUCCCUCCAGGAGCUGCGGAAGCUGGUGUCCUCCUCUUCCUCCUCGGACGAAGACGACGAUGACGCUGAUGACGACGACGGCUCGGACCCGCAGCCCCGGACCCCAGAACGGGACGAGUGGAAACAGAUGGUGGACCUCCUGUGGAGCGACCCCAUGGCCCAGGACGGCUGCCAACCCAACCAGGUGCGGGGCGGGGGCUGCUACUGGGGGCCCGACGUCACAGAGGAGGUGCUGGGGAGACACCACCUCCAGCUGCUCAUCCGCUCCCACGAGUGCAAGCAGGACGGCUACGAGUUCUGCCACAACCGCCGGGUGCUGACGUUAUUCUCAGCGUCCAACUACUACGAGGUGGGCAGCAACCGGGGCGCCUACGUCCGCAUGGGGCCCGACCUGGUGCCACACUUCAUCCAGUACCAGUCCAGUCAGACCUGCCGGACCCUCACCCUCAGACAGAGUAUCGGGAGAACAGAGCGGUCGGCUCUCUGCGCUCUGAGGGAGCAGCUGUUUGCCCACAAGUCAGACCUCCUCGGUGCGUUCCAGCACUACGAUCCUGACAACACGGGGUUGAUCUCUCUGAAGCACUGGGCCAGUGCCAUGGAGGGGGUGCUGAAGCUGGGUCUGCCCUGGAGGGUCCUGCGCUCACAGCUGGGCACCAGCACCCAGGACGGCAUGCUGGACUACCGGGAGUGGAUCCAGGACCUGGUCUUCAGCGAGCCCAAACAUGAGCUCUCCAAUGCCAGUAUCCUCGAGACCAUGUACAGAAACCACUCCAACCUGGAGACCAUCUUCAGGAUCAUAGACACAGACCACUCAGGAUCGCUGUCAUUCGAGGAGUUCCGGCAGACCUGGAAGCUCCUGAGCGCCCAUCUGAAGACGGAGGUGGACGAUGACGCCAUCGCCGACCUGGCCCUCAGCAUUGACUUCAACAAGGACGGCAGCAUCGACAUCAAUGAGUUCAUGGAGGCCUUUCGCCUGGUGGCCCUCGCUGUCCCCUCAUAGACUAGGGGGGCCCCCACCCCCAGUGGGGUAUUUGUAACCCUUCAUGGGCUUACAAAUACAUGUGUAAUAUAUUUGAGCAGUUAAAGCAGUUGCUUAGCUUAGUUGAUGAAUUUUAUGAACUCAAAUUAUUCUUGCACUUUUUGGAUUGUGUCUCCAUUGUUGAAUGCACUGUAUUGUAUAAUUGUUUGUCUCUUUUGGACAAAAGCCUAAGCUAAAUAAAUGAAAUGUAAGUGUAAUAACUGGGGCUGGAGGGGUCCCUCGCUCCAGGAAUAAACACUCAAUUUCAGGGGUCA